CUCUGAACGUGGCGGAAGAGAAGACUGUUUUGGUGUUUUUCACCUAAAUUUCACCCCUAAAUCCUCUAUCUUUAUAUAUUCUAGUGUGAAAUCGAGCUGAAGGACUAAAUCACAAUCUCAUAAUGUCGUCUGCCGGCGAGUUUGGCAAUCCUUUACGGAAAUUCAAGCUUGUUUUCCUGGGGGAACAGAGUGUUGGGAAAACAUCUCUUAUCACAAGGUUCAUGUACGACAGCUUUGACAACACAUAUCAGGCCACAAUUGGAAUAGAUUUUCUCUCAAAAACAAUGUACCUAGAAGAUAGAACAAUCCGACUACAAUUAUGGGACACGGCAGGCCAAGAAAGAUUCCGCAGUUUAAUUCCUAGCUACAUCCGAGAUUCGUCAGUGGCCGUAGUAGUCUAUGACAUAACAAAUGCCAAUUCUUUCCAACAGACAUCAAAAUGGAUAGAUGACGUACGAACUGAACGGGGAAGUGAUGUAAUCAUAAUGCUAGUAGGAAAUAAAACAGAUUUAUCGGAUAAAAGACAAGUAUCAACAGAAGAAGGUGAACGAAAGGCCAAAGAACUCAAUGUUAUGUUUAUCGAAACGAGUGCAAAAGCUGGAUACAAUGUAAAACAAUUGUUCAGACGUGUGGCGGCAGCGCUGCCAGGAAUGGAACAAACUGACCAAGGCAAGAAGGGAGAUAAUAACAAAAUCGAACUAAAACCAAAAGAACCGACGCCUGAUCAAGUGGAACAGGAGGGCGGCUGCAUAUGCUGACGGACAUCGUAGCUCCAAUUUGAUUGGAUAUCAUAGCGCCAAUCUGAUUGGAUAACACUGCAUGUUCGCAACACAUCAGAAAGUUCCUUCGCUGGCUUGAGCAAGCUUCCUGAUUGGUCGAUGUCAUCAGUUUGCUUGUGAGAUUUUUGAAAAAUCGCCCUAAUUUAAUCGAUUGUGAAUCAAUGAUCAAAUGUCAAUCAAAUGUAGGUUUGUUCCUGACCAACUGGUAUGGUAAGCUUGCGAUUCUUUUAGAGUCCCUCGUAGGCUUCAUUCAUGUGUGCUGUUGCCGAAUGUGGCACUUUGAUUUUUAGGGAAGAUUUUGUGGAAUCCCAGGCAGGGGUGGGGACAUCACUUGGUAUCUGUGCAAGGGCUUGUUUGUGCCAUUUACUCUCGAUGUUUCAAUUUUCUUCUGCGUAAAACUGUACCCAUUGACGCGAUGAACAGCGACGAAUUUCUCAACUCUGCCUGAGGUUUCAGCGGAGGUGGCCGGGGUAUUGCUGAUGACCAUCGGAAUGUUUGUGUACAUUCUUUGAUGCAUCCGAGAAGCGUCAUCUUAGCACAGGAACUCUGUAUUUGAUAAAGGGAUGCCUUGGCAUCAGUAACCUCCAGUCCCUUCUUUAAAAAUAGAAUCUGAUAAAUUUUUGUACACUAUGCAAGUUUUGGUUUGAGAUAGUUUCUGGUGGUCAUGUUGAUAUGUUGGAAGAUUUUGUACAGAAUUUCAUUUUGACACGGCAUGGUUUUGUGUCUUUUUGUAAGCUGGAUGUGUACAUGUAAGCCUGAAUUUCAAUGAGUUUGGGUUGUAUCAUUGGGGAAGGGGAGAUUAAAGAACAUUGUAACAUGUCUUGUCAUCAGUUGUAGUUGUUUGACCGUGAGAUUUCUGACGACACCUUGGGACUGUACGCUCCCUAUGUUGCAGAGUGGUAGUAGAUGAUGCCAGCUCCUAUGGCACUUGAUGGAGGGCCAAGUUAGCCUAAAUUAGGUACCCCCCUGACAACUAUAAAGAAGCAGGGUUAAAAAUGAAGUUUGCUUGUAGAAUUAAGCCUUUGGAGCCUGAAAUGCUUCUGAUGUUAAUGUUUAUCAACAUUUCGUGAAAAAAAUGUGUUCAUUUUCAAAGCAGACGCGUUUGAAGCUGCGCUGUACAAUGUUUACUGGUAACCAUAGUAACAAUAGUAAUCAAUGUCAAGAUGUUCAACAUCGCCACCUUUUAGCAAUUAGUGUUGUUACAAUUGACAAUGUAGAUGUAGCAUUAUAGACAUCGAAAGUGAAAUUUUGUGAAAAUGCACAGGUUUUAAGCCUUUGAAUUUUGUGCAGUUCUCUGUACUCAUCUUAAAGGGUUAAAAUGUCCCUCAUUUUAGGAUUGUUUGCGUUGGGCUGUGUUUUAGCAUUGAUUAUCAGUGGAGCUAUAAAGGUGCGAUACAAAGCUUGAUCCAUCAGGAGAUGCAUGUGUUCAUUCCUUGGUAAUGCUUUUUUGUUGAGAAAGGUAUAAGAACUUUUUGAAGCAGACAGACCAAGUGAUAGCAUGAUCUGGCUUGUGGGUUUGUUGCAUGGCUGUUGUAGGAAUUUCCAAUUAUAAUACCUCGAAUGUCAUCUAAUGUCUUCAGUCCUACACAAGGGUUGACUAAACGGAUAAUGGACCUCUGUGUCAGAAACUGAGCCAGUUUGGAAAGCCUUCUUGAACUCUUAAUCCACCAGAAAGAUUGAGCAUUUUACAGAAAAUACUUCAGGCAUCAUUCUUGGAUGCUCUAAGGAUUUGAAAUGGAAGGCUUUUCUCUGCUGAAAGUCAUUGCCAAAAUGCAGUUAAGAUGUAGUUUUACUCUAACGGUAGCCUUGUAUUUGUUAAUUACACAGUAAACUUUUUAUACCAUGUAAUCUGCUGAUCUGAAAUACCCUUGGCAUAACAGCAACACUGUUCGAAUGAUGUUAUAAGUGCCCUAAUUGGCCAAAUUGUGAAGCUCUGAUUGGUUGUGCCAAUAUGUUAAUGAGAACGUGUCGCAUGAUUGGUUGUUCCAGUCCAACUCAUUAGAAUAUACCCUGAUUGGACAGCUUUGAGCUUUCAAAUGUUUUGAAUGGUGAAACCAAGUCUAUUGUUGUGACAUAAGAUGUGCUCUAUAACUUGGAUAAUAUAAUUCUUUGUAACUUUGAUGGAGGAAACAUAAUACAUGUGGGAAGACUUCCAACUUUUUGCCACAGAUUGGUACCGAAUCAUUUGCCUAUUAAAGGGGGCCUAUAGGCAGGACUACAAAUUUGCCGGCUCACCGAUGCUCAAAGGUUGGAACUCUUCCCAUGUUCGAUGGGCUUCAGUCUUUCAGCUUGCAUUUAAAAAUGUACAAAAUUACAGUGUAAGCAUGGUUACAUCAGAUUUUGAGCAUGAAAGGCAAAUUUCUUUUAGAAUUAUGGAAAAUAAUAAAAACUAUAUAUUACCGGAGUAUUGAUAGAAAAAAAUUGUUACAGCGAUAUGUAGAGGUGUCUUUUGGUUGAGUUUAAAACUGAGUGGAGAUUUAUGGUGUAGAGACUCUAUUGAGAUUGAUAAUAGACAAACUAAUGGCUGAAGUCCUAUUCGUACAGUAAUGAAAUGAAAGGCUUGGUAUUUAGCUGAUAAUGCGAUGCUGCCUUGUCCUAAGAAAACAGCCUGUAUUAUUGGCAAAUCGGGCAAUUCGGUUUUGUUGACUGAUGAAAGGAGUCUGACGAACGAAAUGCUCUAUUCCUCUCAAUUUAGUCACCCAUGUUUGCCAGCCAGUUGGAUUCCUUUGGGCCGCAUUCAAGGAAUUGUGAACGGACCUCUGCUGAGUAGAAUUAGUCGUAAAAGUGCUUCGUCAGCAAAAUUCAAAAUGGUGGAGUAAGCUUUAGUGUUUAUAAAGUUGACAUAAAUGUGCAAUGUUUUGUGAUCAUGAAUCUAGAAAAUAAAGUAUAAAUCUGUCUUUUCGAGGUGUGAAGUGUUCACAAUCGGGCAAUGAUUUUUAAAUCUGGCAUAACCCAAUGCCAAUGUUGUUUUCAUUUAUUGAUGGAUUGGAUUUCAAUAGAAUUAUGAAUUCGAACAAGAACGUUUUACAGACUACCUCUGUUUGAGAUUAGCAUUUUUGUGCACAGUUUUAGGUAUUUAUUUUUGAAGGAAAUAAUACUCAUCAUCAUUAAUUUACACACUAGUUGAGUAUAAACCUAAUUCCCGUGGUUGCGGCAUUCUUCACUUAGAAGUUUUUCCCAUUUGUUUUUGCUCCUGAGGUUUAUCUCUAUACAGGGUGUCCCAAACAUGUUGCAGUAUUCUUGCAGAAAUCCUUGCGGUCACUAUAACACACAAGUGUGACAGCUCAUUUGCAAACCAUUGUCAAGUCAUGCAGCUUGUUCAUAGUUGCUUGAAUACAGGUGCUGCAGCCUUGGAUUUGGAAUUCUUCCCACUGGCGAAGAGGUUUCGAAUGGAGUCAAGCAGUUGACUGUUUUUUGGGACACCCUAAGUCGAGCUAGCUAAACACCGAAAGAGUUCAAGUGGAUCUCACAUUUGAGUUUGAUUGUUUCCAAAUAGCAUGUGUGUAUAAUGUACUCACUGUCAGGGAUCAUCCCUGGUCUUUCAAUGCCUGUCUCCACAGCCUCACCAUCACUGGAGUAAAACUUGCUUCGUUCAAUGAUGUGCUGCCUUAAUGUGCUGACGUUAGUUGUUGUAUGAUUAAGAUAUCUGUUCAUAAGCAUUAUACCCAGUAUACCAGGGGAACACCACUGGCUUCUUCCUGAACACCGCUGAUUUAAACACCACUGGGUUUAUUUGACUGGAACCCCACACAAACUUAUGCAGUUCUAUGCAGUGUUAUUCAACGAGAGGGGUCAAGUGGAACUUUGAAACCCAGUGGUGUUCCAGUGAGUGGUCCACUGAAAUUCAUUAAAUACCACUGGAACUCCACAGGAUAUCUGCAGAAUUCACUCCUACUGGGACAUUACAAACACUGUUUAACAUCAUACAUAACAGAUGUUUAAAGUGAUUAGAACAGUCAGUGGGACUGUGAAGGCAGGUCUUAAAGGGGUUCUAUAGGCAGGAACUAGGUGGUCAAGUUGGUAGUCUCUUUAGCUGACUGGUAGUAAGCAUAUUUAGGGGCCUGGGUUGUGUCUGAUUAGCUAUCAUUAUAUCCUCAUGCAAGUGUCAAUAGUUUUGAUGUACAUUGUACUCUUGAGAUAGAAGAGACCCCUAUUGGUGGGUUUGUGUAACUUGAUCUGACCUCCUUGGCUCUGCUUAUGGUGUCCCUUUAAUAGCUUCAUUCAUAUGACAAAUCUGUUUAAAACAUGUUGUUGAGGCAAAACUCAAAAUGUACAUAUUUUGCUUUGAA